AAAGAAAGGAAAGAAAAGAAAAAAAGCUAUCCACCAACCAACAACAUAACGCCCCACGACGCCCAUCGGAAUCGGAAAGGAUCAUAAACAGCAGCCACACGCGGGAAGGCGAGAAGCCCAUUCAUAUCCUUCACGACGACUUGAGGCGAUGAUCAUGCAGAUCAACCGGUGAUCGAACUGCAGACUAAGACGACGACGACGACAAUAAACGAAUCAAGAAUGAGCAGUGGAGCAAGUGGAGGCAGUGGCGGUGCGGCGGUGGUACUGGCCGAACAUCGGGCGAAAAUUUUGGCCACCGCCGGCGGUGCCCGGAAUCAGUCCCAUCAAUGGGGCGGAAGGCAGGACCGUCAACGACCGUCACCAAUCGGAGCCAGUGCCGUAGCCAGUGGAUCCGGUUAUCGGAGGAUUCUAAAGGAAGCGUUUUCAAAGGGCGAUCCACAGGACAGUGACGCCGAAGACGAUAGUGCGUCGGUGCAGAGCGAGGACCGGGAGUCGUCCUCGGGAACGGUGAGCGACUGCUCGGUCGAUGAGAUCCCGGUGUGGAUUAAGGGAGAGCAGCGGUGGAUCUCGGGCGUGACGGAGGACACGACGUGUGAAGACUUGAUCGAGGUGCUGCUACAACAGGAUCUACCCCAGCAACAACCAGGAGCUGCGGCGGCGGCGGUGUCGUCGGACUACUGCAUCACCGAACGGUGGCGACAGGUGGAGCAGGUGUUGGACCGGGGGACGAAGAUUUGGCAGAUCUGGACCGCAUGGGGCAAAGCGCAACCGGAGGUGAAAUUUAUUCUCCGCCGAGUUGAUGGCUCACAUGGCCCAGGUGGUGGCCCGAGUGGUGCCGCGAAAGGCGGUAACGGGGCCACCGGCGCAACGACGACAGGGACGGGGACGGGUGUCGUCGAGCGAGACCGGGACAGUGGUCGGGGAAGCCCGACGGGAAGCAUCAACAGUGCGAUCGUGCGUCGCAAACGGCACCGGGCCCAGAAGUCGACCUUCGCCUGGAUGACGCACGGCCAGACGAUCCACCCGAAGUCAUCGAAAACGUCGAUCGAGCGCCUGAUGAAGCUGAUCCUCGAGCAGGGUGACAUCAUCCAGCAGCAGCUGUCAAAGUUACGCGACCGAGAGAUACAGAUCAGCUCGAUCGAGGAGGAGCGCCACCGGUUACGGGAACGGGAGCACGGCAAGAACUAUCUGCUCGAGACGUACCUGAAGGGGCUGUCGGAGGCGACCGAAACGGACCCGAAUGCGCUCGACAGUGGCAUCACGUCGGAGGCCACCACGACGGCCUCUCCGGAGAUGGACUUUGCUCCGGAGAACGACUCUGAUCUGGCAUCGGCCGACGACUCGGCAUGUGUGAAGGAACAAAUCAAGCUGCUGGAGAAGAUCGUCUCGCUGAACAAACAGAUCCAACGCGAGGAAGAGUCCGCCGUGAAGCUGUUCGAACGUGUCCGACGCUACCAACUGGAAGAUCCUCCUCCCGAUCAGACCAAGCUUCAACUGGAGGAGGCACUGGCGAAGCUAAACACUACCAUCGAACAGGACACGACCGAGUUGCGCCUGAUCGACGAAAGCCUACACCAAUCCGAUGAGCUGCUGCGCGAGAAGACCGAACUCCUGAGAAGUCUGGCCGAAGAGCUUCUCAGUCAGGAAGAAGGCGAGACCCGUGCACCCGAUGGACCCAAAGUGAUCAUGGAUUUCUCGCAACCCAACCCGGUGAUGCGAGUCGACCGGGGUUCAACCGAUCAGCCCGACCACGCAUUCACCAACCAUCAUCCACCACUGCCGCACACCACGGGGACGAUUAGACCGGGCAUGAAACACAGCUACCCGCUCUAUCCGAUCGCCGAGAAUCCUCCGCCGGCCACCAGGGGGUUGACACCACCGAUUGCUGUUGGUCCGGGCGAGCCCGCAAAGAUCGUCAUCGCGAGCAGCACUCUGCCGAGGAACUUCCAGCGCCCGGUGAUGACGGUCCCGGUGCCAGCUCCGAUUCCGGACGCGACCGGUAUCUCCGUGCAUCAAAUCAACAAGUUCAUCCAGUGCAGCAACAACCUGGGCACCAACUGCAACAGCAACAAGGACGACAAGAUGUGCCCGAAGCAGCUGUUCCAUUCGGCCGUCUCGUCCGCCGCCGAGUGUCAACCGUCUCCACCGGUGACACAGCCACAGCAGGGACUCCUGGAUGACCUAACCUGCAUGGGAACGCUUGUGUAGCGGGGACUCUAUCGAAGGAAACAACAAAGCAGAGCUGGAGGAGAAGAGUAUACAAUACGUGUUAAGGAUGAAGCAAACCUUUCGCAACCAAAUCGUACGAAACCGAAGAAUUAAAGCACAGCAAGGGCGUGUGCUAAAGAACGAAAGAUAACGUUUAGUCGAUAGGCUUAUUAUGAGAAAGACACGGGACAAAGAGGGAAAUGAGACGUAACAAAAUAUUUAACUAACACGUUAACUAAAGCUACACACUAUACAAUUGUUUUCUAUAUUUGUUCGUAUAGACGUACUACCCUUUGUUUGUUCUGAAAGCAUCGUUCGAGAGAGCCUUAUAUUUUGCCGUCGCUUAGAGUAACACACUGUUUGUUAGCUAGUCAACUGGUAAGAUUUCAAAGCAUUUCCGAGUAAACGAUGGCUUUUUGUGUUUUUGUGGUCGCGCGGCCUGGUUGGACACCGACGACAGUUCGGAGAGGGCCACUAUAUUUAAUCCCAAAUCGUAGAAGCUCGUACUCUUUCCCGAUAUUACCGAUAUUUUGUUGGGGUUCGAUGUCGAGCAAAUAAGAAUUGUUAAACGUUUAUCAGUAAGCCACAAACAAAAGGCAAAGCCGGGGCCGGGCACUAUUGCAGGUACUGGGGGUAAU